CCAUUUCGUCUUUCCCCAUUUCCCCUUCCCAUACGCGGCGCACGACAGCUCUAAAUAUAUUUUCAGUUCAAGAAAUUCAUCCCUCCAAAUUAAUGCCUCCAUCCCUCCAAGUUAACCCCCACGGUUCAAGAUUCUGCAAAGAAGUACUGUGCGAAAAAGGGCAUUUCUUCAUAUUGAAAUCUGAUGUCUUUCUGACCAGUGUUUGUUUAAAGGCAUCUGCAAGAAUUUGAUGUUUAAAACUUGAGAGACAAGAGACGAUUGUUUCUUAAUUAAUUCACCCAAGGGAUUGUAUGUCUCAUUCUCAAUAACGUGAUGGACAAAGAAGAAGAUAAAAGCAAAGCCAGGCCUUCUACACCAAUUCCACCAACUCAGGGAUAUUAUGGUCCAAGAAAUGCCUAUUGCCCGCCAUUUAUGAUGCAUCCAAAUGUAUAUAUGAAUUCAUAUACAUACGCAUGGGGUAGCCAAUCCCAACCAAUGCCACCAUUUCCAACAACGUUCAUCCACCCUCCGUCGAGUAAUGCCGAGGAGUCAAGUCGUGUUGAACAAACUAGCCAGCCGCCACCAAUGCCACCGCUUCCAACAAUGGUCAUCUAUCCUCCGUCGAGUAGUGCGGAAGAGUCGAGACAACCCCCACCAAUGCCACCUUUUCCAACAGCAUUCAUCUAUCCUCCGUCAACUAAUACGGAGGAGUCGGCCCGUCUUCAAGAAGUGAUCCAACCCCCACCAAUGCCACCUUUUCCAACUGCGUUCAUCUAUCCUCCAUCGACUAAUGCGGAGGAGUCUGGCCGUUUUCAACAAGCGAUCCAAGUAGGAAUUUGAUAAUGGGUUCGUGCAUUCUGGUACGACGUUGAAAGAAUUUGUCGACCAAUUUGAUAAUGCGCUCAGGAAGAAGGUGGAGGUCGAGACGACAGCUGAUUUCAACUCCGCAAACCAAACCAUCCCAUGUUCAUCCGCAUUCCGCAUUGAGAAGCAAUUUCAAGCUGUGUAUACGAACGCAAAAUUUAAGGAGGUCCAACGAGAGGUGUGGGGAAUGAUUUUAUGUAACUGCGUACUUAUAAGCAAGGAGGGUUGCAUUUCCACUUAUGAUGUGUUUGAUGAAAUUACCAUUGAUGAUGACCAUGUCAAGAGCGUGAAGUACACAGUUUACUUUAACGAUGAGGAAGUUGAUGUUAAAUGCACAUGUUCAUUAUUUGAGAUGAGGGGAAUUCUCUGAAGGCAUGCAUUGAACGUUUGCCAGAUGAAUAAGAUUCAUGCGUUGCCGGAUAAGUACAUCUUGGAUCGCUGGAGGAAGGACUUAAAGAGGAGAUAUACGGUGGUAAAAAGUAGCUAUGAUGACUUGCGGCAGAAUGCGGACUCACGGAGGUAUGAGUUCGUGGUUAAACGAUGUCUAAAAUUAGCAACUCGUGUAUGCAGCAGUGAUGACCAUGUUGAUGCAUUCAUGUCCCACUUGGAUGAGUUUGAGAUUAAAUUUAAAGGAUUAACACUUGAGUCCGAUUCAAGCAAGGUAAAAGAGACUACAGCCCCCACCAAGGGUAAGAUUAUCUUAAGCCCGCACGUUGUUCGAGGGAAAGGGAGGCCGCCAACAAAAAGGAAGGUUCCGCCUUUGGAGAAGACUGCAACAAAGCGAAAGAAGAAACCGACUUGUAGGAAAAUAUUUGAUGAAACAUCACAUGAUUCAGAGGUCUCAGAAGCUCCUACAACUGAUCAGGUACACAGUGGAAGCAAUGAUGAUUUUGUUGUUCUAACACAGUGCAGUACGUUCACAAACCCAACGCCAUCGGAAAAUGAGGAGAACUAAUGUGACUUGAAUUUGGGGGUUGGGGGUAUUGAUGUAAUUUUCAUGUUCAUUUUGUAUGUUAGGGGUAUUGAAGUAAUUUUUCUUGAAUUUGUACGCUGGGGGUAUUGAUGUAAUUUUCCUUGAAUUUGUAUGUUAGGGGUAUUGAAGUAAUUUUCCUUGAUUUUUUUAUGUUAGGGAUAUUGAUGAAAUUUUCCUUGCAUUUUGUAUGUUAGGGGUAUUGAUGUAAUUUUUCAGGAAUUUGUACGCUGGGGGUAUUGAUGUAAUUUUUCUUGAAUUUUGUAUGUUAGGGGUAUUGAUGUAAUUUUUUUUGAAUUUGUACGCUGGGGGUAUUGAUGUAAUUAUCCUUGAAUUUUGUAUAUUAGGGGUAUUGAUGUAA